AUGCCUCAAGAGGUCGCUGAUAUUAAGAAGUUCAUCGAGAUCUGCCGUCGGAAGGACGCUUCCUCCGCCCGGAUCAAGAAGAACAAGCAGACCAACAACAUCAAGUUCAAGGUCCGCUGCCAGAAGAACCUCUACACCCUGGUUCUCAAGGACAACGACAAGGCCGAGAAGCUCAAGCAGAGCCUCCCCCCCAACCUGCAGCUCACCGACGUCUCUAGCAAGAAGAAGUCUGCUUAA